AUGAUAUGGAGCAAGGGAAGUCCUGUCCAAGCCAUGUUUCAAUACGGGGGCAAAGUCCGCAGUCAGUGGAGAUCAGUUACUGAUCCCCAAAAGUGUCUCAACAAAGCGAUCCGCCACCUGCAUUCUUUCUCAAGACUUCUUAAUAUUCCAACUGCAGCGUUACCGGUCGGACCUUCUAUCCAAAAAGAAUUUUCUGAGACAAUCGCAUCAUCAUACUUUAGUCAGACACCCAUGAUAAUUCGGAACUACCCAGUUCCAACCGAGAGAUGGAGUGAUCGGGCAUAUCUCUUGGACCGCGUCGGGAGCGACCUUCAUUGUGACGUCGAGAUGGGACACUACAAUCAAGCGGAAAAGCUGAACAUAACGUUUGGAAUGUAUCUUCAAUAUCUUCAACAGUGUAGCGAAAGUCAUGGGGAUACCUCCAAUAUUCCGGUUGACCAAUUGCUUUAUUUGGCGCAAAACGAUCUCCCGCAAGGGUUGAUUCCCGAUAUCAGCGUUCCGGAUCUGUGCAAAGACUCAAAAAUUGGCUUGGGAGAGGGACAUCUCUAUCAAACGAUGCUUUGGAUGGGACCAAAAGGUUCAAUUUCGCCGCUGCAUUUCGAUCCGCUCCAUAAUUUCUUAAUACAAGUCUGUGGGCGGAAACGUGUGAUGCUGAUAGAUCGGAACCAAUCAGUCGAAACACUAUAUUCGGGCAAAAUGUUCGGGCAACAAAGCAACACGAGCGCUGUGGACCUAGAAAACCCAGACUACAAGCAGUACCCUCUCUUCACAGAGGUUUCUCCUGUUUACAAAGGUGAAAUUGGACCUGGGGACGUCCUCUUCAUUCCGUCGAAAUGGUGGCACCAUGUGCGAUCGCUCGAUUUUUCCAUCAGCGUGAAUGCUUGGUGGAGGUAG